AAUGCUGAUCGUCGAAACACGGAUAUCGAAUUUGCAACCGAAAUUGGUCAGGGAUUAUUGUUGGAAGUGCGGAAGAUGCAGGCGCUACUGCAAGAAAAGGACGAGCAGUUGAAUCAGCUCGAAAUCCAAAAGGCUGACUUGGAACGUGCUGCAGAAGCCAUGGCUAAACAGUUGCGACAACGGGAAGAGGUUGAAGAACGACUCAAGGAAGACACGUGGAAUUUGGAGUUAGCAAAGCAAGAGCUCACGAUCAGUGUGACCGAAAUGCAACAAACAUUACAAAAGUCCAACACCGAGCAAAAUCGAUUGGUCAAGCAAAUGAACGAUCUUCGAACAGAAAUCGAAAAGCUUCGCGCGAGUGAGGAAAAGCUGCAGUCGGUGGUCGAGAAUAUGAAGCAACGGCAUGAGCAAGAUAUG